AUGCUGCAGCUGGGGCUCAGCCUGCCCCGCUCCCCCGGGGCCGCGGCCGCCGCCUUCCCCAUGGCCGAGCCGGCCGCGGGCGAGGCCGCGGGCACCGGGCCAGAGGCGCUCGGCUCAUCCCCGGUCAGCAUCGUGGUCACGUCCGAGGCUGACACGUGGGACAUCGACACCUCCUCCUGCCCGGGCUGCGGCCAGUUCGUGGACUGGGACAAGAUGCCCGAGGCGCAGCGGCCGGUGCAGAUCCCGCGGGACGUCCUGGACAGGCCCCCGAAGGAGCUGAAGAGGCUGGCCAGGGAAGGCUGCUGGGCCGGGAGCCACGCGGGCCGGGCCCGGCUCUACCCGCGGCUCAUCCAGCGCGUCUCCUGCCGCCUGGUCACCCCCGACGCGCCGGUGUACCGGGACGUGGCCGGCCGGCUCUUCGGGAAGCCCAGCGUGAGCUCCCACCCUCUGCCCGAGUUCCUGGAGGGCUGCCCCGUGCCCACCUACUGCCUCAACCCGCACGGGGUCACGGCCCUGAAGAAGAUCCUCAUCUGCGUGGGCGCCCUGUUCCCCGACAUCACGCACAGCCCGCUGCUGCCGGCGCUGGCCGCGCUGCUGCUGCACUACAGCCGGGACGAGGCCCAGUGCUUCGAGAGCGUCUCGCGCCUGCUGGCCAGCAACGCUCCCCACGCCGCCUACAUCGACCAGUCCUUCCUGGCCCACCAGGCCUCCUGCAUGACCUUCGGGGACCUGGCCAACAAGCACUGCCCGGCGGCUCACAAGCUGAUCGCCGGCGCCGCCGCCGACGUCCUCGAGGUCUACUCGGAGUGGCUGCGGUGGCUCUUCCCCGGGCUGCCCUUCGCCUACGCCGUGCGCGUGCUGGACGUGUUCCUGCUGGAGGGCCAGAAGGUCCUGUACCGCAUCGCCCUGGCCCUGCUGAAGCAGUUCCGGCUCUCGGUGGCCCCGGCCGGGCUGCAGGGCUCCGACGUCAAGGCGGAGCUGCGGGCUUUCAUCGCGAACAUCGCCGAGCACGUCACCGUGGAGAAACUCCUGGAGAGAGCCUUCGGCAUCCGGCUCUUCUCCCGCAAGGAGAUCUGGCUCCUCCAGAUGGCCAACAGGAAGGCCUUGAUGGAGAGGGGCAUCACCGUGGUGCAGAGGAGGCCGUCCUUCCACCUGGCUGUGGACAUGCAGAACUUCAGCUCCAGCGUUGUCACGGCGCAGGAGAUGCGCCUCGUCUGGUCCUGGAUCCCCGAGCGCUUCUCGCUCUUCCCCCCGCUGCUGCUCUUCUCCACCUCCCGGGACGGCUGCAGCCUGCAGAGGUUCUACACGUGCUGUGAAGGCUACGAACCCACGGUGCUGCUCAUCAAAACCACCGACGGGGAGGUGUGUGGGGCGUUUCUCUCCUCCGACUGGAGCGAAAGGAAGAAGAGCGGAGCCACGUCGGGCUUUUUUGGGACGGGGGAGUGCUUUGUGUUCACCGUGCGCCCCGAGGCAGAGAGGUACGAGUGGGUGCUCAUCAAGAAGCCGGAGCUGGCCAAAGCCGUGCCGCGCUCCCGGCAGCGCUCGCCCUCCCCCGCUCCCGAAUCCCCGCUCGGCUCCAGCCGCGGCUCCAGCCCCAACCACCUGGCCGUGCCCUCGGCGCAGAGGAGAGGCCGCCUGUCCCCGUUCCUGGCCAUCAGGCACUUCCUGCUGCCCUCCAAAACCGCCUCCAUGUUCAUGUGCGGCUCCCGGGACGGCAUCGUGAUCGGCGGAGGCGGAGGCCAAGCGCUGUCCCUGGACGCCAGCCUGCUCUGGGGACACACGGAGCACUGCGAGACCUUCGACAACCCCCCGCUCUGCCAGGAGAACUUCCAGGUGCAGCUCUUGGAGGUGUGGGGCUUUCAGAGCGCCUAGUUCCCGUGGGGACACCCCUGGUGUGCCACCCGCGGGCACGGGGACCCCUCCCAGCGCUGGCCACUCCCGGCCGGGCUGUGGCCACCUGUGUGGCAGCUCCGCUCUCCAUCGUCCCCUCCGCGCUCAGACCAGCUCAGCUCAGCUCAGCUCAGCUCAGAUUGGAUCAGAUCAGACCGGAUCAGAUGAGACCGGAUCAGAUCAGACCGGCCCCCGUGGUGCUGUGCAGAGAGGACGAGGCAGUGCCAGGACCGGCACUGCGGGCGCUGCCCAUGGGGACAUUCAGGAUCCCCUCCCGCAGUUUAGAACCUGCCCACUCCACCCAGUCCGUCCCAGUUUGGGGUGCUGGAGGGGAUGGCACCCCUGUCUGGAGCUUCUCACCCCUCCCUGGCCUGUCUGCAGCGUGGGGCUCGGCAAACCUGUGACAGCACGGGCAGAUUUUGCGGGAAUUCUGAGCCCAGGCAAAACCCAACACCGAGCUCCAGAGCUCAGCAGAAACACUCUCAGAUCCGCUUCCCCCUGGCCCCAAGCCCGGCACAGCCCUCCGAGCCAUCCACGGAGUUCUGGAGCCUCCGAGGGCAUCCCGGAGUGCCCGGGAUCCCCCAGCCCCGGCGGAAAUUCCUCCUGUCCCUGGCUGGAAGUGCUGCGGUGAUGGCAGAGCCCUGCCUGCAGUUCAUGGGGUGCCCGAGCUCUGCCGAGCCUUUGCCGUGCUGAAAGGGACCCUGAAAGGGAUCCUCUUCUCUUGCCCCUUAUUCCAUUGCUGAAUAAAAUUCAAAACUCCUGGAGAAUUA